AUCGCGCCCCACCGUCCUCUCAUUCCCUUCUCUCUCCCUCUCUCGGCCAACCCCCAACCCCACUACCCAACCUCCCCUCCAUGGCUGUUGCUUAUCGUGCACCGCUCUGCUUAUCGUGCGCCUAUCCAAUGGCGAAGGAUCCUAUAGCCUCCGUCUCGUCCUUUAGAGAAGAGGGCCUUCUCCAGAACCCUUUUCUAUGGGGCUUCGGUGGGUCGGAGGGGUGGAGGGUUCGAAUCCCUUCAGCGCUUUCCGCCAUCUCCAUGACGAAGAGAAGGCGGAGGAGGAGGCCGAGCGCGAGCAGCGGGAAAGUCUUCUGCCUCUUCUACGACGACCCUGAGGCCAUCACUGCAUGUGGUUGGAAUGAAUCUGUUCUGGCCAGUGAUAUACCCGUUCUUGUGGAGUUUUGGGCUUCAUGGUGUGGACCUUGCAGGAUGGUCCACCGUGUGAUUGACGAAAUAGCACGGGAUUAUGCUGGAAGAAUCAAAUGUUAUAAGCUAAACACGGAUGAUUACCCACAAGUUGCAGUUUCUCAUGACAUCAACCGAAUUCCAACAGUCUUGCUGUUCAAGGAUGGGGAGAUGCUCAACAGCAUGACUGGUACCCUCCCUAAGUCUGUUUAUGUGACAGCCAUUGACAAAUCUUUAUCUCACCAAGAAAGCAACGAUUCUGAUAGUUGAGCUCCAUCAUUGAGUUCGAUGUGGAUUGGAAUUCUCAUUGGUCAGAGGCAGGAUUCUACUGGAUGAUUGCUUCUAAUAUACUUCUCUUGUAUCACCUCAAUUGACAGCAUUGUAAAAUAUUUAUUGGAUUGCUGCUUGUCGAUGUAUUCACUCGUGCUUUACAAAUUAAUGUAAUACAGGGCUAUUUUUUGAAUACCCUGAGAAAUAUUAUGUACAAUAAUCUCACAAUUCAUAACCAAGUUGUUUCCUUUCUUGUGCUUCCA